UCCUUAUCCUGACCCCCUUUCCCAGCGCUAUAUAGUCAUAAUAGUUUGGCGCUUUCCCCCUGAUAAAUCCCUAAAUCUCAUCAUGUAACUACACUUAGGUAAUUACUAGUCGGUGACCAUGUUAGACUCGUCUCUCCCUCCCCCCUCACCAACCAAACACUUGGUGUCACAUCCCAGCGAGAGCCCGGCUUGCCUGUGAGGCCAGCCAACCACUCUGCCAUUGGCCGCGUUGCUUGAAGACCGCUCCCGGUGCCUCUUCACCCUGCACGAUGUUCACCUCCAACAACAGUCGCAGAGAUCACAAUGCCCCAAACACAACAUUUACUAUAACAACAGCUACGGGAAAACGGCAAAUUAAUGCACCGUCAAGAAAGUCUUCAACAACAAAAGCUACAGCGUUAACAGUGGCGAGUAAAGGAGCAAGAGGUCGCACAAGAGUAAAAGAAGAUAAGGAACAGAUGAUUAGUUGUGAGGAAGUGAUGCAGAGUGGUGUGGCUGGCGUGGGCGUGCUUAGCAAGCCUCGUGCGGUGCUGCUGAUGGAAGAGGAGCUGCGGGCUGCCCUUGCUAGCUUCUUUUGCCAUUCCUCGCCGACUGGCCUUCGUCAGGCUCCCGUGACUCUUGCACAUGGCGGCACUGUUGAUGCUACUACCGACAAGCCUGUUCUUACAAUGGAGAAGGGUCUGAAGGCGGUGGAGGCGACGCUGAGACAGCUGGUGGCCAGGGCGAGGCCCUACACCCGCCUGCUGGCCCUCCUGCACCACGGCUACUGCCACUACCUCACCUACCUGCAGGCACGACUCGCCAUCUGCCUCCAGACGCAGGAGAAGGACACGCCCUCCGGGAGGCGCCUUCAGGGAGAGGUGACCCGCCUCUGCGCCCUCAACCACGACCUCCAACACCGUCUCCUCCAGGCAGACCUCCACAUCACCGACCUCAAAGACCAGGUGUCCAAGGUGGAGGAAGCGUUGGGACAGGAGCGGCGUGGUGCUGUGUGUGUGGAAGAGGACAGGCGGGCGAUGCAGACCCAGCUGAUGGAGGCGAAGGUGGAGGCCGGGGCGCUCAGGAGGAAGGUGUUGACGCUGCAAGGUGAUGAGGACCCCGCCUGGGACCCCACACUCCUCAAGAUCGCUCUCCACAGGUGCAGGGAGGAGCUGAGCGAGAAGACCCGCCUGCUGCAGGACAUGCAGCGUCAGUACCGGGAGGUGGUGCCUAGAGCAGACUACGACCGCCACCAGCGGCGCCUUGCUACCCUCACCAACGCUCACAAGCAACUUAUGUACGCACACGACCUUCUCAAGGAGCAACACGACGCCCUUCUGGGUGCCCACGAAGCAGCGGUGACGGAGAGGGAUCAGCUCAGCCUGGAAAACCAUACCCUUCGACGCGCCGCCACGCCCAGACCAGACUGGAACAGAGUAGCGGAGUACGUGGAGGGCGGAAUCAGUCGGUGGGGCGAGAUGUCCCACGGCAGAACUAGCGACCAGCUGGUGGACGUCCUCAUCUCCGAGCUCACGGGAUCCCAACUCUCUACGUCCAGCGAGUUCAUUGACUGCAAGGGCGUGGAGGCCGGGGUGCCAGCCUACCUCAGGUACGAGGGUAGCGUCAGGAACCGUCGUCUGGGCAAGCGGGACCUCGCGCUCAUCAUCGAUGAUAUCUGGCGGGAGAAGAGGAAGCUGGCUAACAAGGACCCCAUGGAUGAGUUCGUCAACACCUACUUCAGAGACAGGUACCACCUGGAGGAGGUGAGAGCCGAGUGGUGCUACUCUCUGGCCGACGCCUGCCAGCGACUGGCCCACGAGGAGCAGAUCGGGUUGUUUUGGGGCAUCCUGUGUGGUCAGGUGGAGGAGCAGGUGUACCAUCACCAGGUCGACAGUAUCAUCGCUCUAUACGAGGCCCUGAAGGCUCGGGACCCCCUAGAUAAGGGUGUAGUGAGUCGGGCGGAAGUGGAAGCUGCCAUCAAGGAAGUCUUCCCUCUUAAGUCAGCAGAGAACACGAAGGUUGUGAUGGACAUAGCGGCAAGGGCCUCUACGCUCAAGGAUCCCGCGGUCAUCAAAUACCACAAUCUUUUCUCUCAGGGAAGCGGCGGGUCGAGGACGGGGCUGGUGACGGAGGUGCUCCAGCAGCAGCGGGAUGAACAGGACGCCUACAUCCAGGAGGUGCUGGAUGAGCUCGGCUACUCUGCCAUGGACGUCUCCGUCAGCGAGCUGAGUCGGGCCUUCACCAUGGUCGACCCCAGGAUAGAGCAGCAAGAGCUGGACGCGUACUUGGAGUGGGUGUUCAACACCACUAAGGAUCAGCUUAAGUCUGUGGCGCCGGUGCCUCUGCCACUGCUGGCCGCCAGACUCCAGACCGGCCACAUUGUCAGGAUUGGCGCCAGGAUCUGAUCCACAAGUUAAGGUGGAGACCAGACCUGAGGGCCCGGGCCAUGGGUGGGGCUAGGACCCGAGUCUUCGGGCUAGGGUCUGAGGCCCCGGGCCAUGGGUGAGGCUAGGACCCGAGUCUUUAAUGCUAUCUCUUAUUCAAUGCUAUCUGAAUAAGAGAACGGUUGAUAGCAUUAUAGAGGGAUCGCUAUCUAACGCAGACAGUGUCUAGGUAAUGUCUGUAAUGUUGUGCAGUAUUGUGAACCAUUUGUGUGUUGUGUUGUGUUGUGUUAUACAUUGUUUUAAUUCCCGUUAUCGGGGGACAGGAGCGGUUAUCGAAGGGUCGCCCCUAGGACAAUUACUGUGACCUUCCCCAGGAUGCAACCUACAGCAUUUGCCUAAUUCCCGGGUACAUAUUGGCUGCAAGAUGAACAGAGGCAUCCGGUGAAAAAAAAACGUGCCCAACCGUUUCUGCCCUGGCCGGAGAAUGAAUGUGGUUCUGAGCCGUUGACGUAGACAACUGCGCUACUGUUAAAAUUGAAGUAAUUAAAUGUAUUUUUAUUUAUUUAUUUACUUAUACUGCAUAUAGUUCUGAGCUGGCUUCGUUCUCGGCUCACAAUCUUAGAUUCCGGGUUCGAUUCCCGGGUGGGACAAAAAUGAUUUGGAAACAAUAUUGAAAAUGAAAAUGAAACGAUAUUUGGCUAAAAUUUCUUGUAGCAGGUCAUUUUGAAUGAAAUAUUUACACAUAGUUGGAACAUUGGUUAUAGAAUUGUCU